AUGGGGAAACUCAUCCGCCUCGAGCUUUUCAACUUCAAAUCAUACAAGGGUCAUCAUGUCCUCCUCUUUGGUGAUGCCUAUUUCACAUCGAUCAUCGGGCCCAACGGGUCUGGGAAGUCGAAUUCUAUGGAUGCGAUCUCCUUCGUUCUAGGCAUCAAAUCCUCCCAUCUACGAUCCACGAACCUCCGCGAUCUGGUCUAUCGUGGCCGCGUCCUACGCACAGCCAAGCUCGACGCCGAGGGCAACGCGAUCGAACAACCUACAAACGGCGAGGACAAGGCCGAAGAUGGAGUCGAUAGAAUCGAAUCGCAAGAUCCGAACGCAUCGCAAGAUCCAAACGGAACACAAGACCCUCGUACGGCCUGGGUUAUGGCGGUUUACGAAGACGAUGCCGGCGAGGAGCAGCAAUGGCGGCGGUCAAUUACGAGCCACGGCGUUAGCGAGUACCGGAUAAACAACCAAGUCGUGACUGCGCAGCAAUACAACGAGGCGCUGGAGGCGGAGAACAUCCUAAUUAAGGCGCGCAACUUCCUUGUCUUCCAGGGUGAUGUUGAAGCAAUUGCGGCGCAGUCUCCCAGGGACCUUACGCGGUUGAUUGAGCAGAUCUCAGGUAGUUUGGAAUACAAGGCAGAGUACGAGAAACUAAAGGUGGAGGCUGAGGAAGCUGCUGAGCAGCAGACUGUUCAGCUUCACCGUCGGAGGGGUAUCAACUCGGAGAUCAAGCAAUACCAGGAACAGAAGCGCGAGGCCGAUAGCUACGCUAGGAAGGCAGAGGAGCGCGACCAAGCUAUUAUUACCCAUAUCUUAUGGAAGCUGUUUCAUUUCCAGCGCUUGAUUGACGACUCCAGCGAAGAGAUCCAGAAGUACCAGGAUGAGCUCAAAGAAUAUCGCCGCGGUGUUGAAAAAUACGAAAAGAACGUCGAAGAUGCGAAGAAGGACCACGCCAAAGUCGGGAGAGAUGUCGCAAAAGCCGAGAAGAACAUUACGAACAAAGAAAAACAGAUCGAGGAAGCUAAUACUUCCUUGGUCCCUGUGGACGAAAAGGUCGACAUCACCGUGAAGAAAGUCGAAAGGUUUGCUUCGCGGAUUGCUGAGAUCGGCAAGGAGCGCGAGGCACAAUUGGCCAACACCAGGCAACUGGAGAAGGAUCUUAAGGUUGUCGAAAAGGCUCAGGCCCAGUGGGGAGCUGAAUGGCAAAGGUCCAUGAGCAAACAGGGUAUCCAGCUUAGCGACGCUGACCAACAAGAGUACAACAAACUCAAAGAGGAGCUGAAUAAACGGUCAUCCGCGGAGCAGCUCAACUUGGACAAUCUACGACGCCAGCGAAAGACAGAAGCCGAAGCUGUCAACAGCCUUAAGAGCAAAUUCGAGGGCACUGAGUGGCAGCUACAAAGUUUGAGAUCCGACAAGCAGUCAUUGGAAGAGCGCCAAGAGUCGAUCACCGAGGUCAUUACCACUGCUUCCAAGGACAUCGAGCGCAAGAAAAAGGAAUUGAAUACUCUUACUUCCGAGCGGUUACGAGUGUCUCAAAUGAGGACCGAACUGGAAGAGAAACUCCAAGUUGUCUUGAAGAAACUGCUCGAAGCUGAUGACGGUAGGAAGCAGUCCGAAAAGGAGAUCCGGACAAGAGAGUUGAUCUCGACGCUGAAGCGCAUCUUCCCGGGUGUGAAGGGUCGAGUCAGCGAUCUUUGCAGACCCAAGCAGAAGAAGUAUAACGAAGCUGUCAGUACGGUCCUCGGACGACACUUCGAUGCCAUCAUUGUCGACAACGAGAAGACUGCUAAGGAGUGUAUUCAGCACCUCCGUGACCAGAGAGCUGGACAGGCGACUUUCAUUCCGCUCGAGACAAUCCAGGUGAAAGCCUUCAACUCCAAUCUCAAGGGUGUACACCGUGGAAUGCGACCUGCAAUCGAAACUGUAGACUAUGAAGACUCGGUUGCACGAGCGAUCACCUAUGCCUGCGGAAACGCCGUUGUCUGUGAUGACCUGGCGACAGCCAAGUACCUGUGUUACGAGCGCAACCUGGAUGCAAAGACCGUCACUCUCGAUGGCACGGUGAUUCACAAGGGUGGUCUGAUGACUGGUGGUCGCGGUCCUCAGCAAAGCUCCAAGCGCUGGGAAGACUCGGAAGUAGAGAAUCUUCACAAGCUCAAGGACAAGCUUAUGGCAGACCUUUCCAGCCUGCCCAAGGGUCACCGCAGGGGUACCGAAGAGGAGACUCUACAAGGCGAAUUGGUUGGUCUCGAGCAGCGCCUCGCCUAUGCUCGCGAUGAACUGAAGGCCUUGGAGAAGAAUCUCAAGAGCAAGCACAGCGAGCUUGACUUCGUCAAGCGUCAGCUCGAGGACCUCCGGCCGAAGUACGCGGAGCGAAAGGAGACGUUGGACGAACUUGACCAGUCGAUCACAGAGACGCAAGAGUCGGUCAGCGGUGUCGAGGAUGACAUCUACCGCAAGUUCUGCAAGCGCCUGGGCUACGAUAAUAUCCGCGAAUACGAAGCACAACAAGGUUCACUGCAAGAAGAGGCUUCUCAGAAGAAGCUCGAGUUCACAACACAAAAGAGCCGAAUCGAGAACCAACUCAGCUUCGAGAAGCAGCGUCUGCAAGCUACAGUUGACCGUAUCAGCAGCCUCCAGACACAGCACCAGCGUGACGAGGGCCUGAUCGAGGAACUUAAGGCCGAACAGCAAAAUAUUCGCAACCAGCUCGAUGAGUUCGAGGCCGAGCUCGAGAUCCUCCGCGAACGUCUGGGAGAGCAAAAAGAAGCCUAUGGACAAUCGGCAGAGAACCUCAACCAGCAGCGAAGAGAACUUCAGAAGCGCAGCAAGAACGUCGAAGGAUCCUUGAAGAACAUUAGCGGUCUAGAGGCUGAGGUCCAGCGGAAUUCAUCAAGUCGUUACGCGCUUCUCCGGCGUUGCAAGCUUGAAGACAUCGACAUUCCUUUGACCGAAAGCUCCAACUCACUCGACCAUCUCCCUAUUGAUGAACUUGUGCAGACGGCUGAUCCGGAUGCCAUGGACGUUGACGAGGACGCCAAUGGCAGUGGCCAGGCUAUGGUGCAAGACUACGGUGUUGAGGUUGACUUUGACUCUCUAGGAGACUCCCUCAAGGAGGAAUCCGACGAGAAACUUGAAGAAGAACUGCUGGAGAAGGUCCGAUCACUCAACAGCGAACUCGACAAGAUGGCACCGAACACCCGCGCACUGGAGCGUCUCGAGAGCGUCGAGAACAAACUCCGGGGUACUGAGAAGGACUUUGAAGAAUCUCGGAAACACGCGCGUAAAGCAAAGGACGACUUUGAAGAGGUUAUGCGCAAGCGUUCGGAUCUGUUCAACAAAGCCUUUACGCAUAUUUCUGAGCAGAUUGGCCCUAUCUAUCGGGAGCUGACGCGGAGUUCCAACUACCCGUUGGGUGGACAAGCGUACUUGGACAUCGAAGACUCCGACGAGCCCUACCUCGACGGCAUCAAGUACCAUGCCAUGCCACCCCUCAAACGAUUUCGCGACAUGGAGCACCUCUCCGGAGGUGAAAAGACAAUGGCUGCUCUCGCCCUCCUCUUCGCCAUUCACUCCUACCAGCCAUCUCCCUUCUUCGUGCUGGAUGAAGUCGACGCUGCUCUGGACAACACCAAUGUCGCCCGUAUCGCGAACUACAUCCACGAUCAUGCUGCGCCUGGUAUGCAGUUCAUCGUGAUUAGUCUGAAGACGGGGCUGUUCCAGAACAGUGAGACACUGGUUGGUAUCUACCGUGAUCAGGCGGAGAACAGUAGCAAGUCUCUGACGCUUGAUCUGCGCAAGUACCAAUGA